AUGGCAUCAUGUUUGGCGCAGUAUCGAACUGACGAUAAAAAGUUCAAACGAAUUAAAGAAACUGACUCUGAUGACUCGCGCAGAAAAACAGCGCAGUAUAUAAUUGAUAACUGGAAAGCUAAAGAAGGCAAUCGAGAUAUGGCCAAGCUGGGACACGCAAUGUCGACUGGUAUGGUCAAGCUGGAACACGCAAGGUCGACUGGUUAUGAACGCAAGGUUCGUUCCUACCUUGAUUUGCCUUCGGUGGCUAGCUGGGACACGCAAGGUCGACCGGUCGUGAACGCAAAAAUGACGAGAUUAUCCAAAAACAUUGCUGAACGUAAUGCCCUUGUGGAAGAACAGUGUAACGAAAUUCUAAAAAAUUCGUUAGUACGAGAUCAAGUCGUACGAACUACACUUGAAGAACAUAUAACAAGGAAACGGCCAGCUGAGGAAGCCUCCCCCAUUGUCACUUCUCCUCCCAAUCUUCGACAAUGUGAGCCACGAACUCCUGAGGAUCCGGAAAAUAAGGUUGCGGAGGUUGUAGACGAUGAAGAACCUCCGAUUGAAUGGGAAUUUGAUACACCACGACCAAGUUGGCUGAACAAAGUAAUAGAGGAACAUCGCUUACUAAUUUCAAAGGAUGAUCCAAAAACUAUAUAUGAAUCGUCAUUAAAAUCAAUUUGGUGGAAGAUCGUAGACUCAUCAGAUCCAAAAAUUGUAGAUUUUCUGUCAGAAUCAGAUCUAUCAGAUCUGAACGCGGUUUUUUUAUCUGCUUUAAAAAAUUGGACCGUGUUAGAACCUUCGGCAGAGAAAUGUUUAAAGUCUCUUGCAAAGCUUGACAGCUAUCAGCUUCGUAUUAUUGGAGAAACCGUAAGACCGAAGGGAACACACGGAGCCAUUAUUAGACUCCAAGAAAUGUUGAAAAACAUUAGGGAUCCAGUUACCCCAGUUACUUUAGAAGCUGACGAUCUAUUUUAUGAUGGAUAUGUUGACGAAGAUGAUAAAAUUUUUCACGAGGAGACCCCACUGCUUGAUCUUAAGGAUCAUCUGGACCCAGAUGUUGCGUAUAUUUUUGACUUGGUUCGAUAUACGUGUGAAAUGAUUGCGAAAGGAAUCCCCGAUAGACAAAACUCGGAGCGGGACAUCGAUAUCUUUAUCAAAAGUCACAUUUUUUCAUGUUUCGAUGACAUUUUGGACAGUCAUUUCGGUGAGGUGGUAUCAAGAGCUUCACGGAAUCGUCGAGCAAAUGCAAUAGAUGCUCCGGAUAAUGCAGAAGGCUACCAUCUAGACUGGAUGUUCACGAAACAUGAUUUAGGAAAAGAUUUAUCUUGGGGUCGUGAAUUCUCAGUUUGUGAGCAUACUGGUUCCAAAAUUGAGAACAAGCGAAAGAUUAUUUCAAAUAACUUAAAAGCACAGAAGACCUUGAGAGACAUGCAUCGAUCUCUAAUUGAAGCGAUAUCUGCUGAAGGUGGAGGAAUGCUCUCAAAGCCAGUUCUGCAGGCUAGCACAAAGAUUCUCAUGCCCGGAUACCUCAUAAUGUCAGAAAACCAAGCGUAUGAAUAUUUUAAUCGUAGGCACUCUGAGUGGAACAUCCUGGGAUUUUUAAACUAUUGUGAUGUGGAGCCAUUCGGUAUCAAGAUAGACUAUUAUUUAAAAUGCCUAGAGACAAUGGUUAAUCGUGAACAAGGUGACUUAUUAGGUUGCCUGAUAUUCAGAUGGGAUGGAAAAUACAGUAGGAUAGUGAAUAAGAGUAUUAUUAACUUCCUGAAUCUUCAAUGCCAGGAUCCUCGACCUGAUCGUAUAAUGGCUAGACAAUGGGAACAAGAGCGCUCACGAAAGCAAAUUCAUGUUCAUCAACCGACAUAUACGGAAAUUUCGAACACUGGAACGAUCUAUGGAGGGACAAUCAACACCAAAACUUUCGGUGCGAAUACAAAUAUACUCAGAGAAGAACAAGGAGAGGACAAUUGUGGGGGUCAAACUCAAAGACGGGCAAAAAAGAGAAUAUCAUAUUUUGAAUCAGAAACCGAUGACGAAGAAUUUGAGGAAGAGUAUGGCUGGGAAGUUAAGCUAUUGAAAUGGCAACAACACAGCCUUAAUCAAUUAGAUCAUGGAAUUCAGCACCCAUCAAAGCGGAACAUACACUGUAUUCUUGUUGCUUCUUCAAUCUUUUAUUUUAAAAAAGAAAACGAGCAGGUAUAUAAUGGCUUCCUAACAGCAGAUGAGAUUGCCGAUAUUCAAUCACGCGUAAUCUCAGAGUUCAAGAUGAUAGAAAUUCCAAAUGGAGUAAAGGAGUUUGUGCGAGAAAAUAAAAAGGAUUAUCAACAAGAUAGUCUGGAAGAGAUUGAAAGAUUUCUAAAGCAAUAUGUCGGGAACCAAUUCAGGGAUAGGCUACUAAACAGAGCAUUUUUUAGACUUUUGGAAGAAUGUGUACUGAUUGAUGUGGCAUCUAAUGCAUCUAAAUUACGUCGAGGCCAUCGUGGUCGAAUACCAGAUUACAAGCUGAAUAAUAAAAAUGGAACUCGUUCAGCUGUAUUUGGUGAAGUAACCAGCCCAAAACGUCAAAAUGAAGAACCUAAAGUUUACUGGGACAUCUACCGUGGUGCUAUACAUGCGAAAGAUGCCAUAGAUUAUGAUAUUAAUCAGCAAAACAUACAACCAGAUGAGGCGAAACGAAUCAUAAUAUUUAUUAAUGGCUUUAAAAUGACAGUGUGUGUUAUGAAAUUACAUUCUUCCGGAAUAUAUCUAUUGGUUGAAGUGGCGUCAUGUACUAUUCCGAAAACUGCUAGAGAUCUAGAGCAAAUUAUGAUCCUUUACCAAAUUUUAAUGAGUAUUCGGGAUGUUGCGGUAGAUGUGUUGGGCGAGAGAUCCUGUUCUACACCACUUCAAGCAAAUUAUAAAGAUUGGCUACGUCCAACUGCUAGUACACCCACCACACUUAAAACUGAUUGA